UGUUUUUGUUUUGAAAUUUUGACAAACUAAUUUAUUUAUUUUCAUUCAUUUGUUAUUUUAUAAUGUUAUGCCAGUCGCUAUAAAAUAUUCAUGACCUUGUGAUCAAACUUGCUAUCUGAGACCAAAAUAUACUAUGGAAGAUUCACCACCAUUAAUCCUCUGUUUGGAAAACACAAACGGGGAAGAAGUUGCAUUAAAGAUUGAACCAUAUGAUACUUUUAAAAUAUUUCUGGAUAAAGCCAAGUCACUUCUAGGCUAUGACGUCGAUUUAAACGCGAUAACGGGCAACCAACCGGUCAAUCUGGAUGAAAGCGCUUAUACUUUCCUUUUAAAUGCUGAACAAAGUCUUCCGGAUACAAAUUUGGAUCCACCAAAUUACGAUAAUAAUCCUAAAGAUUCUGACGACCUAGUUUACGUCUUAGAUGAUGGAACACAAAUACGAGCCUCUCAAAUACAAUUUGAUAAUGAAGAUCCUCUCACAGAUCUAACGGCUGAGAAUAUACCAUUUGUUAAAUAUACAGAUAGUCCAGACGAAAAUGAUAUAAAUGAUAUUGAAAUUCGCACUAUAAAAGAUAUCAACAUAGUCGAAAGUCCUGUGGCAAAUAAGAAUUUUAGUCCAAAAGGCAAUUUUGCCAAUAGCCUCCCUUUUAAACUUGUCUGCAAUAACAUUUCGAAUUUCGAAGCGCAGUUCGCUAAAUAUCUCGAAUCCAGUGCGAAAAUGUUCGCGACAAAUUCUGUUACCAAUAAAAACAGAUCGCCUAGAAAUGUUGAUGAUUUUAAAAAUGACGACAAAACAUUAAAAGAUAGUAAUAACUUUUAUACUCGUGAAGAAAUACUUAAUAUGUUUAAAGAUUCUCCCGUGACUCCUCUACCGUGUGAAGACAAUCAAAGUUACGAAACUCGAAGACAUGUACGGAAGACUGAUCCUUCAAGACUUGUUUAUAAGGGCUGGAAUGCCAAACCAAUUAUAGACUUAGAUUCAGCUAUUGACAAACACGAUUGUUUCAUAUGCUGUAAAAACAUCGAAAGCAACGAAAAGUUGUAUUUAUUUGACAAAGAAGAUCAAAUGUUGCAUCGUUGCGAGCAAAGGAAAUACAUGACUCAGCUUAAAAUUAUAUGCGAGAAAUGCUUAGGAGAAAAUUUUAAGCCAAGCAGAAUGAAAAGUCCAAGUCAAUCCUUAAACAACGAUGAAUAUUUGGUCAUUAAAAAUAAUCAACAAUAUAUUUUUCAAAAGACAACAUCAAUUAAUUUCAAUAAUACAAUUUACAAUCCAAGGAAAACAAUAGAAGUGGAUUCUAGAAGUAAAGAAGAAUUUGUUAAAGUAGAAAUUGGACCAGAUGGAGAAAUUAUAACGAAACUUGUUGAUAAUGUGAGAGUCGAUGAUAUGACUAUAGUGAAAGAUGAGAAAAAAGGUAGCUCGAGUGACUUGGAAAUAAUAGAGCCGGAAACGGAAAUUGAUAUAGAAAACAUUGAAGAUGAAGACGUCAAGGAAUUCUUGGGGAAGUACCAACGUGACGGUAAUGUUGAUGCAGAGGAAUUAAAAUGCAGAUUUUGUAAUCGAGAAUUCAAGGAGUUACCAGAAAUAUUAGACCACUGUGAAGACCAUAAACACGAUCUUGAUGAUGGUACCGUUUAUCCGUGCCUGCUAUGUGAUUACGGAUAUGCCAAUAUAAAAUGGCUUAAAGGUCAUAUAAAAGCUGCUCACGGGGAUCAGAAUCAAAAAAAGGACGAGGACGCUGUUGAAGAAAUAAAUAAUGGUAAUAAAUGUACUUAA